AUGGCCGCUGCCGUGCAGAGAACCCCAAUGAAACGUGCUCUCGCCGAGACCACGCAGACACGUCAGAAUAUACAGCCGUCUCCGCAUUCGAACAAGAAACUCAAGGUCAAUGGCGGCUUCACGAGCUCCCAGACCUCGAACAGGGGCAGAAAUGGGCCCCCAGGCUCGUCGCAACCGAAGAGCCAAUUUGAAGAGGAGGUGUUGCAGAAGAUGACUCAAGGCAUUAACACCUUGAAGAACACGAACAGCGAGAAAGAUCAGCAAUGGAAGCGUCCGCCCUUGGACGACUGGAAAGAGGGUCGAGACAACAUUUGUUUUCAGCAAAUCGAAGCUGAAGAAGGGACCAUCUAUGGGGGACGCAAGACUAUCCAGCUAUUCGGUGUGACAGAGACUGGCCAUUCGGUACUAUUACACGUCUCAGGCUUCCUGCACUAUCUUUACGUUGCUGCCCCUAUCAACUUCGCACGCACCGACUGUGAAUCGUACAAAGCAUAUCUUGAGUCUCAGCUAGCACAACAUCAGCCCGCCAUACAUUCUGUACACAUGGUCAUGCGAGAGAACAUGUAUGGCUUCCAAGGAAAUCAGAAGAGUCCGUACAUCAAAAUUACUGUCACCGAUCCCAGAUUCAUAGCCAGGCUUCGGUCGACCAUAGAGUCGGGGUCUGCCAACUUCCGAGGACUGUGGGGGCGCAUCGACGGGGGCAUCAUGACGUACGAUAGCAUCCAGUAUGUGCUGCGGUUCAUGAUUGACGUCAAGAUACACGGCAUGUCAUGGGUCGAGGUGCCUGCUGGGAAAUACGACAUGAUACCCAGCCAUGAGAGGCAGUCCACUUGCCAGAUUGAGGCACAUGUACAAUACAGAGAUCUGAUUGCGCAUCCUAUUGAUGGAGAGUGGGCAAAGAUGGCCCCGCUGAGGAUACUGUCUUUUGACAUCGAAUGCGCGGGACGUAAGGGCAUAUUCCCAGAGGCAGACCAGGACCCGGUCAUCCAGAUCGCCAACGUAGUGACGCGGUAUGGUGAAGAGAAGCCGUUUGUCCGCAACGUUUUCUGUCUGGACACUACGAAUCCCAUCGUCAACACGCAGAUUCUGAGUUUUCAAGACGAAGGCAAGAUGUUGAUGGAAUGGCAAAAGUUCCUGCAGGAGGUGGACCCGGACGUCAUAAUUGGCUACAACAUUGCCAACUUUGAUUUCCCCUAUCUGCUGGACCGCGCUGAACACUUGAAGCAAAAGAACUUUCCAUACUGGACUCGCCUCAAGACGAUGAAGUCGCACGCCCAGAAGACCAACUUCUCAAGCAAGCAGAUGGGCAACCGCGAUACAAAGGCGACAAACACAAACGGACGACUCCAACUUGACUUGCUUCAGCUGGUGCAGCGCGAUCAUCAACUGCGAAGCUAUACUCUCAACUCCGUCUGUGCACAUUUCCUGAACGAGCAGAAGGAAGACGUGCACCACACUAUGAUUACGGAACUUUUCAACGGAGACGCGGACUCGCGCCGAAGAUUGGCGGUGUAUUGUCUGAAGGACGCAUAUCUACCGCAACGACUGAUGGACAAGCUGAUGUGUUUGGUCAACUACACUGAGAUGGCAAGAGUCACGGGCGUGCCAUUCAACUACUUGCUGUCGAGAGGGCAACAGGUCAAGUUCAUCAGUCAGCUGUUCCGUAAAGCCCUGGACGAAAACCUUGUCGUUCCCAACAUGAGCUCUCAGGCAUCGGAGGAUCAGUAUGAAGGAGCGACAGUCAUUGAGCCUACGCGCGGCUACUACGACGUCCCUGUGGCCACACUGGAUUUUGCCUCGCUGUAUCCCAGUAUCAUGCAAGCGCACAACCUGUGCUACACCACACUACUCGACAAGAAAGCCGUGGAGAACCACAAGCUGCAGAAAGAUGUCGACUACAUUGUCACCCCGAACGGGGAUAUGUUUGUAACGGCCAAAGUACGGAAAGGGCUUCUGUCACAGAUUCUGGAGGAGCUUCUGUCGGCGCGUAAGCGCGCCAAGAAAGAGCUGGCUGUCGAAACAGACGCUUUCAAAAAGGCCGUGCUCAACGGUCGACAAUUGGCGCUGAAGAUUAGUGCCAACAGUGUUUACGGUCUUACGGGUGCCACGGUUGGCAAGCUUCCAUGCCUGCCUGUGGCGAGUAGUACGACAAGCUACGGACGACAGAUGAUUGAGAAGACGAGAGACGAGGUGAUGAAGAAGUACACGAUUGCAAACGGGUACGAGCACGACGCGCAGGUCAUCUACGGCGACACGGACUCGGUCAUGGUCAAGUUUGGCACCAAAGACCUGGCAAAGGCCAUGGAGCUCGGGCAGGAAGCGGCCGAGUACGUGUCGUCCAAGUUCGUCAAGCCGAUCAAGCUCGAGUUCGAGAAGGUCUACUUCCCAUACCUGCUCAUCAACAAGAAGCGCUACGCCGGCCUGUACUGGACCAAGACGGAGAAGUGGGACAAGAUGGACACAAAGGGCAUCGAGACUGUCCGGCGAGACAACUGCCGCCUCGUGCAGACCGUCAUCGAAACCUCCCUCCGCAUGCUGCUAAUCGACCGCGACGUGAGCGGCGCCUCCGACUUCGUCAAAGAAACAAUCUCCGACCUCCUCCAAAACAAAAUCGACAUGUCCAACCUCGUCAUCACAAAAGCCCUCUCCAAAGAAACCUACGACGGCAAACAAGCCCACGUCGAACUGGCAAAGCGCAUGAAGGACCGCGACUCGGGCUCCGCCCCGGCCCUCGGCGACCGCGUCGCCUACGUCAUAAUAAAGGGCCCGGCCGGCGCAAAGAAUUUCGAGAAAUCAGAAGACCCAAUCUACGUCCUCGAGAACAACCUGCCCAUCGACACAAAGUACUACCUCGACAACCAGCUCUCCAAACCGCUUAUUCGUAUCUUCGAGCCCAUCCUCGGCGAAAAAAAAGCCGGCCAGUUGCUCACGGGCGCACAUACACGCGCCAUCGCCGUCGCCGCCCCCUCAUCCCUCUCCUCCUCCUCAUCCUCCUCCGCAAACGCAAACCGCGGCGGCCUCAUGCGCUUCGCCCAAAAAACACAAACCUGCAUGGGCUGCAAAUCGCCCCUGACUUCCACCGCCGAAAAGCACGGCGCGGUCUGCGUAAACUGCCGGCCCCGUUUCGCAGAAUUAUACCAAAAGACGCUCUCCAAAGCGGCGGAGCUGGAGGUGCGUUUUGCCAGGCUCUGGACGCAGUGUCAGCGCUGUCAGGGGUCGGUGCAUAAUGAGGUUAUUUGCUCGUCGAGGGAUUGUCCGAUUUUUUAUAUGCGCAUGAAGGCGAAGAAGGAUGUUGGGGAUGCGGGGAGGGAGUUGGGGAGGUUUGAUCGGGAUGGGGCGCUGUGGUAG